AUGGGCGCGGGCCAGUCGGCUGAACACAUCGGAGCGUCUCCUGAGGAGCUGAGCUAUGUGCUCGCGGAGCGCUUUGCGACAAAAUGCUUCACACCACUGGAGCUGACUCAUUUUAAAGACAACUUUUUCUCUCGUGCCGCUGAGCAGGGUGGACUUCGUUACUGGAAUGAAAAGAUUCUCUCGGAAAUCCUCGGCGUCCCGGAUGGCAGCUUCUCUGAUGCUAAUGAAAACCCACUGGACGCGGGACCCGUCAUCUUCCGUAUGGUCUCGUACCUUGGAGCCUUUCCAUUCCAAAAUACCAUGGCUCCAAGCCUUUUGACGUUUGAGGCUAUGGUCAAGGUGGCCGUUCUCUUGACUGAACGGUAUGGGAAGGUGUUGAAAAGGGGACGCAAAGAUCGCAUAAAGCUGCUCUUUGGCAGUCUCGCUGAUGUCGGAAGAAAGGACAUCGGAGAUACUUCUGAUGAAUCUGCUGAUAAAUAUGAGGAGUUGCCUGCAGAGGAAGGCGAUUCUUCAGCCGUCACCUCUCAUGCCCCGGGGUUUUCAAUCGACGAGCCGGCUAAUGACGAUUACGACGAAGAUGAAGAUGACGACCUUGCCCUAGCAGCACUGGAGUCACUGGAUGCCAUUGAGGUGUUUAAACAUGAUCAUCGAGUCGACCGCACCGUUUAUGAAACGCGUAUAUCUCUGGGUACCUUCCGUCGACUGCUCAUGCUGCUGCUCGUGAUCGCACCUCUUAAGCCUCUGGAAUCCGUGCAGAUCUAUACCAAUGACCUAUCUGCCGAGAGAAUUGAGGCGAUCCGGAAAGAGGCAGACAGUAUCAUUGCGGCCUUUAUCCCAGAGGAACAUGACGGUGGCAUCUCAUAUCGGGCUUUCGCUCAAACAAUUUCGUCCUCGUUGCCAUACCUCUUUGACCCCCUUACUCCACUAUUCGAGCAUCUCUUGUUCAGCAAGAAUCUGAAUCUUUCUCAAAAGCAACAGGCAGAAGGACAGGAAGAGGAUGUUACUGUGGAAGAGACGAGCGAGAAGCCUGAAGAGUUUCGAGUCAACGAUUCUAAAUUCGACUCUUCUGUCACACAUGUCUUUUUCUUGCCUUCAACGUCGGCAUCACGAAACCUCUUCCGCAACGGCGUGCGUCUCCAUCCGGUAUUUUCAACGUCAGCCCACGGCUCUUCUUUAACGUCGUUCUCCCACAACGUUCUGACCUGGCAAUCAGCAUCAUUGCUCAUACUUCAAGGCACGUCAGAGGGCGAGAGUGAAGAAAUAAUUACACUCGGUGUCUAUCUCCCUCAAGCAUGGAAAUCAUCUUCUUCAUCACACAGCACUUCCGCAUCCCAAGCCUCCAAUCCACUCCCUUGUCUCUUCCAACUCUCUCCCAAACACCAAGUCCUCCCGGGCAAUCCAUCGCCAUCUGUUGAAACAAAACAAAAUAUCCCAGCUGCAUGGUUCUCAACACACUCUGGCAUCGCCAUCGGCUGCCAGAUCCCCCCACCAUCUCGUAGCCACCAGACACAUCCCAGCCCGCAUGGGGCAGCAAGUCUCCUCAUUGACGUCAAUCUUGAAUUAGCAGAGCUGCACGUCGCUCCUGUCGGACACGAUGGCGUGUUCCUGCCAUCGGGCACAUCAUCCCCAGAUGACAAACCGACAAAGACCAGAGUAGAUAUCUACUCUCUUGAGAUCUGGGGCGUCGUUCCCGACCCGGAAGCAGCUGAGGCGGCAUCUGGAUCCAGCGCCGUAGAUGCGCAGAAGGCAAAGUGGGCAUUUGAGGCUCGCGAGGCAGAGAGACGGCGCAAUAUCAAUAUGAAAGGCGGGGCAGGCGACUCGGCACAGGAAAGUGCGAGAUGGCUUUUGGAGACAGCGGGGAUUAUUGGGGACCAUGGGAGGCCCGGUGGUAGCGUUUGA